UGCUCUAAUCAGAUAGGAAUAAUAUCCCCCGACAGCCCCUCACCUUUUCCAAAAAGCAAAGGACUCACCCGCCGUUUAUCUCUCCCAUAAGGGCAAAUUCGUCCCAUCAGUUUCAACUCCUUUUCUCCCUCUCUCUCUCUCUCUCGCCACCUUCACUCUCUCUUUACGCCUUCCCUCCACCACCGCCACCCUCCUCGCCGGCGGAGCACCCCUCCCCCACCAUUUCUCCCUCCAACAACUAAAAAAAAAUUACAAAAAAAAACAUCACCAAUCAUGCCGAGGCCAACUCCAAGCCAAAACACGCCGCUUCUCCGCGGCCCGCCCCCUGCCCGGCCGGCGAGAGUGAAACUUCGGACCCUGCUCCGCGUGGCGUCGGUCUCGUGCGGAAUUCAGUUCGGGUGGGCGCUGCAGCUGUCGCUAUUGACGCCCUACGUGCAGGAGCUGGGGAUACCGCACGCGUGGGCCAGCAUCAUCUGGCUCUGCGGCCCGAUCUCCGGCCUCUUCGUGCAGCCGCUCGUCGGCCAGUUCAGCGACCGCUGCACCAGCCGCUUCGGCCGCCGCCGCCCCUUCAUAGUCGCCGGCGCCCUCUCCAUCGUCUUCUCCGUCCUCGUCAUCGGCUUCGCCGCCGACAUCGGCUGGUGGCUCGGCGAUCGCGCCGAUACCGGCGAGGUCAAAAUUAGGGCGGUGGCGGCGUUCGUCAUCGGUUUCUGGAUUCUCGACGUCGCUAAUAAUAUGACUCAGGGCCCCUGCCGCGCUCUCCUCGCUGACCUAACCGGAAAGGAUCACAGGAGAACUCGUGUUGCAAAUGCGUAUUUCUCCCUAUUUAUGGCUAUUGGCAAUAUACUUGGAUAUGCGGCUGGUUCCUUCAGUGGCUGGUUCAAGAUAUUCCCUUUUACACUCACUUCAGCUUGCAACGUCAGCUGUGCUAAUCUGAAGGCAGCAUUCAUUAUUGAUGUUAUAUUUAUUGUAGUAACUACAUGCAUAAGCCUGACAGCUGCUCAAGAACAGCCCUUGUCGUCUCUCAAUGGCUCUGCGCAAGAAGGUUCUCACGAGCGUGAAGCUUUACUCUGGGAACUCUUUGGAACAUUUAGAUAUCUACCUGGUACUGUUUGGGUCAUCCUUCUUGUUACUGCUCUAACCUGGAUCGGGUGGUUUCCAUUUAUUCUUUUCGAUACGGAUUGGAUGGGUCGUGAGAUAUAUGGUGGGGAGCCUAAUGAUGGGAAGAAUUAUGACCAGGGAGUUAGAAUGGGUUCGCUUGGCUUGAUGUUGAACUCAGUGGUCCUUGGGAUAACAUCUGUGUUUAUGGAAAAGCUUUGCCGUAGAUGGGGUGCCGGAUUCACAUGGGGACUUUCAAACGUCCUCAUGGCUCUUAUAUUUGUUGCAAUGCUUAUCAUCGGUGCCAUCAGGAGUAAUAUGGAUCUCAACGGUGGUCUUCCUCCAGAUGGUAUUGUGGUAGCUGCCCUACUAGCUUUUACAUUUCUUGGUGCUCCGUUGGCAAUGACAUAUAGUGUUCCAUAUGCAUUGGUAUCUGCACGAAUUGAAGCACUAGGCCUUGGUCAAGGGUUAUCCAUGGGUGUUCUGAACAUGGCAAUUGUAAUCCCACAGAUGGUUGUGUCCCUGGGAUCCGGUCCAUGGGAUCAACUCUUUGGUGGCGGCAACGCCCCAGCCAUAGCUGUUGGAGCCAUCGCUGCAUUAACUGGAGGGCUUAUAGCAAUCUUGGCGAUUCCCAGAACAAGAGUUGAAAAACCGAGGAUCCACCUCUAGGUAUCAGCCACUCUCGAGUUUAGAACGUGUUCUGGUUUUGAAUGAUUCUGCAGAUGCGAAUGCAUGGUUUUGGAUUCAUACUGUAUAGGAGACAUGUCUUACACUUUGUCUAAGAAUCGGAUGAUCUACCGUGGAUUCAAGAAAUAGCUUCUGCAGAAAAUGCCCUUAGGGGUAUGGGUGAAGCUUCUACCGUAGCGAGCACUGAACACUCUUAUUUGGAUUUACGUUUCCCACGUUUUGAAUUAUGAAGGCACAGAGGGACACUCGUAUUAGUGAAGUUUUGUUGCCGUGUAACAUAUAUAUAUAUAUAUGUCUGGCGAGACCGGUAUCAGAACAUCAUUGUUCUUAGCCUCGACCGAUGUAAAUAGCAGCCGAGGAACCUGGUGUCGUUGGAGUACAGAACUGAAUAUGUAAUUGUGAAGAAUAAAUUUCUUCAGUGAUCUCCUUAUUAUGUUCAUGUCUUUGGUGUUUAUGGAGAAGUCGUGUGUUUGAUGUUAUUACCAUGGCUGCAAUUGUAGUCAGUGAAUAAAGAGGAGUAAAAUGUGUGAUGUAUGAUCCAGAAUUGCAAUAAAAUAUGAUUUGUGUAGGGUUUUAUUGGAA